UUCAUGAAUAUGAAGAACCAACAGCUCUGCCGAUCACUGAAGAAAAUCAGGAUGACAGGCGCAAAAGAGAGAAAGAAAUGCAUCUUUGGGAUGUGUUCAAACAAUUCCCUUCACGCCCCAAAAGUGGCUCAAUGGUUGACAACCGAGGCUAUGAAAUUUUAUUGCAAUUCUUAAAAGUUUGUGUCUAUGUGGUUCUCUUUUUAACUAUAUUGUGUUGCAGUGUGGUCUCUAAAGGAGCCAUUCUUUUUGCAACUUCUAAUAUCAAUCCUCAUUACACUCCAUUCUGCGAUGCUGAUUCUGGUUUACAUAUUUCUCAAGAUGUAGAACUUGUAGCAAACAGGCCAGAAAUUGAUCAGAUAGCUUGGAUAUGGUGCAUUAUAAUUGCCUUCGUCGUUCCGGAAUUUCUCGGAAUGCUUAAUGCAAUAAGAGUCUGUUUUUUCAAGUCGAUAAAAAUAGAGGAAUUGCCCUGCAUCCAAAAUUUUGUAUUCUCAAUCACGUUUGAAAUUUCCCACAGUAUCGGAAUGGCAUUAUUAUUUUUAGUUUGUCUGCCGGAUCUCAAUACAAUACAGGCUGUUUCCGUUCUGAGUUGUGUCUGCUUCAUACCCGGCCUAUUCGCCUGUAUUGAAAGUAUUUCCAAAUACAUGAGAAGUUCCGGAUUAGGAAAUUUUACUUUAACUUUGGCAGACGCACUAGCAUUUGCCUUGCAAACCACAGGAGUAAUUGCCAGUUUUUUCUUUAAAAAAGAAGGAAGAUCAGAGGCUACUUAUCUUCUUCCACUGGCUCUCAUUUUAUCUUCUUUUCGUUGGUGGCCAAACUAUGUCUCCUCUGAUGAAGAACCAAUUAAUUGGUUAGCAAAAAUAAAAAAGGACUUGGAACCGAGUCGACUUUAUAUGCAAGGAGUCACAGCCAUAGUCAGAAUGUCUGCUUUUUUAGGCACAGCUCUUCUCAUCAAUUAUUGCAAGGGAAUUACUUUAGAAAACUUUUUCAAUGGAUUUGGAAUCAGACAAUAUGGGAUUCCCGUUAUAUCUUUCUCGGCAGAAAGUAAUUUGUCGAGUCAAGCAAUGAUUUUAAAUGCUAACUCUUUAGUUCAAAUUCGCGUUCUUAUUAUUCAAAUUUUGACGAGCUUCUUCGCCUACGAAUCAAGUAAAUUCGCUUGUAAAACUUUGAUGCACAGAUUCGGGUUUGCUCUCCCGCUGAUGUUGAGUCUGCCCAUAACAAUGUCUAUUUUAAUUAUCUUUUACGCCUUGAGGGAUCAAAAUACUUGUGCAUUUCACGGAGCUAUACCUGAUUACCUUUUUUUCGAUUUUCCCGCUGUAAAACCUUUUGAAAUAAUUUUUUCUGAAUGGUACGUUUGGUCUUCGAUCCUCUGGUGGCUUUCGCAAAUAUGGAUCACUGCUCAUAGCUGGACUUCCACCUGCGAAAAAUUGGCAAGAGCUGAAAGAAUUUUUUCUGUUUCGACUUACGACUCUCUAAUUAUUGAUCAGAGUUUGCCUCUUAAUAGAAAAAGGAAAGAGGGAAGCAGGAAUGUGAAGGGAAAUGAAGGAGAGAAAUUAUGGGAAUCUUUUGAACUUCAGGACAUUAAGAUUGAAGGCAACGAUCGACUCACAAAAAUUAAAGCUUGUGCUACCAUGUGGCACGAAACCGAAGAUGAAAUGAACAAAUUAGUCAGUAGCAUUUUAAGAUUGGAUAAAGACAAUUGUGCUAUGAGAGUGGUCCAAGAUCAUUACAAUGUUCGCAUUCCAGAUUACUAUGAUCUCGAAACUCAUAUUUUCUUUGAUGAUGCCUUCCAAUGUGUUCACAAAUGUAUCGCAAAUUGUAUAAAUGAAAAUGAAACGAAAGUGAAUAAUUAUGUAAUAAAGUUCGUUAAUGUCGUUGAACAAAGUUUGGCAAAAAUGCGAAUGCGAGCGAGGCCUCCAGAAAAAUAUCCUACACCUUUUGGAGGACGUUUGAAAUGGACUUUGCCAGGUGGAACUGAUUUAAUUGUUCAUUUGAAGGAUAAAAAUAAAAUUCGUCAUAAAAAACGAUGGAGUCAGGUGAUGUACAUGUAUUAUCUUCUGGGUUACAAUUUGAUGGAAUUGCCAAUCGAUGUAGAGAGAAAGGAAACGAUCGCAGAAAAUACUUACAUUUUGACUUUAGAUGGUGAUAUUGACUUUCAUCCGAGUGCUGUUAAAACUUUGAUUGAUUUGAUGAAACGAGAUGAAUCUUUAGGAGCUGCUUGUGGUCGAAUCCACCCAAUCGGAAGUGGCCCAGUCGUCUGGUUCCAAAAAUUUGAGUACGCGAUUGGUCAUUGGCUUCAAAAAUCGACAGAGCAUACGAUUGGCUGUGUUCUUUGUAGCCCUGGAUGUUUUUCACUUUUUCGAGGAAAGGCUCUUAUGGAUUAUAAUGUUAUAAGAAUGUAUGCCACUGAAUCUACGGAAGCGAGACAUUAUAUUCAGUACGAUCAGGGUGAAGAUCGUUGGCUUUGUACGCUUAUUCUUCAAAUGGGCUACAGAGUUGAAUAUUCUGCUGCAAGUGACGCUUACACUCAUGCUCCUGAAAAUUUUUAUGAAUUUUACAUUCAGCGAAGACGAUGGAUUCCCUCGACUAUGGCGAAUAUUUUCGAUCUGCUUAGUUCCUCUAAGGAAACGAGACGUUGUAAUAAUGAUAUUUCUUGGCUAUACAUACUUUAUCAGUGGAUAUUAAUGGGAUCUACGAUUCUGGGACCAGGAACGAUUUUCCUAAUGUUGGUGGGAGCUUUAGUCGCUGCUUUUCGAAUUGACAACUAUACUAGUUUAUCGUAUAAUUUGAUACCCAUUCUGACUUUCGUAAUCAUUUGUCUCGCCUGCAAAGAACCCGUUCAAUUAAAGGUUGCCGAAAUAAUUUCAGCACUUUAUGCACUAAUAAUGGGCAUUGUCCUAGUUGGAAUAAUGCUUCAAAUCGUCGAGGAUGGAUGGCUUGCACCAAGUACUCUUCUAUUUUUUAUAGUUGCUGGUCAGCUGAUAAUAGCGGGUCUUCUUCAUCCUAGAGAAUGGUCUUGUCUUGUGUGUGGAAUAAUUUAUUACGUCACUGUCCCUUCGAUGUAUAUGCUUUUAAUCAUCUUCGCUAUUUUCAAUCUUCAUAACGUUUCUUGGGGAACGAGAGAUUCUAAAGCUCCAGACGCUACAAAGCCAGUAAGCAAAUUUUUAUUUCAUCAAGGGAAGAAGGAAAUUAAAAAAAAAUUCUGUUUAAAAUUUUAGAAAUAUAUUUCUACAAAUGAUACAGAAGGAUCUAUCGAAUUUUCUGUAGCUGGAUUAUUCAAAUGUAUGCUAUGCACUCAUAAGAAAGAAUCUGAAGAAGAAAUAAAACUUAAUGACAUAGCUGACAUGCUUUCUCGUAUAGAAGCUCGUAUAGAUGCAAUCGAAAGAAAAGUUGGAAAGGAAAGUCCAACUUCGGUUAUGGAAUGUGUGAAUUCAUUCGUAAAUGAGAAAGAGAGUACAGUUUACAAAUCAGAAAAGCAAAAUUCCGACUACAAGUCGGAAAAAGACAUAGUCCUUUCGGAAGUAGGAAGCUCGACUUUCAAAUCUUUUUACAAAUCCGACCUGGAAGCCGAAGAUUCGGAUUAUUCCAAACCCGAGAGUAUUAGCGAAUCGAGGAUUUAUUCCGGAUCUGAAAGAGACGAAACUGAUUUUGUUAUUAAUCCGGCUUGGAUGUUUGAUUCGGAAUUGGGGAAAGGAGGAGUCAGUUAUCUUGAUACUGAAGAGGAAACUUUUUGGAUAGAUGUUAUUGCUGCUUAUUUAAAACCAAUCGUUCUAGAUGAAGAAACGAGAGAAAAAAACUCAAAAGUUGCCAAGGACUUGAAGAGUUUACGUGACAAAUAUCUCAUUCAAUUUUGUAUGGUCAACGCUCUUUUCGUUAUUAUGGUUUUCCUGAUGCAACUUAAUAAAGAUAAAUUGCAUUUUAUGUGGCCUUUUGGUGCUACUUACAACCUCACUUACGAAUUCAAUUAUGAGAAGGAUCAAGCUGAGAUCCACAUCGAAAAACAUUAUUUGCGGCUUGAACCUAUUGGUUGUGUCUUCAUUAUCACUUUCGUUAGCAUUCUUUUCAUUCAGUUUUUGGCAAUGUUGGUCCAUCGAUUUGAUACAUUUUCUCAUUUGCUGGCCAAGACUCCCUUGGAUUGGUAUUGCUGCAAAAAAGCUACUGAUCUUCCCAAUGAAGCAAUUAUCGUUCGAUAUCGUGAUAUAUUCUCAAAAUACGUCCAGACAGCUUACGACAAAAUGGUUCGAGAUGGUGAAAACAGAUCCAGAAAACCUCCAGGAUCGAGAAAAACUUUGCCAGAUCUUAUGGAACGUAGAGAAUCGGCGAUUAUGGAAAGUUUCGAGAGUCUAUUCCAUGAAUAUUUGGACAGACCUGAUUUAGCAGAAAAAGCAGGAAAACUUACAAGACCUGUGAUUGAGGCAAUGAAACAUCGUUCAAUUUUACAUAGAAAUCGACAAAAAAAUAAUGAGGAUACGAUUUAUGACAAUUCGAAUAUUUUGCAGAAAACUGUAGCCAGAGAACAACGCCUUUCUCGUCGAUCUUGUCAUGACAAUGACGGUUUUGAUUCAGACUAG